GGCGCACCUCGUCACAGUCCGCGCUCACGCGCUAGCGCUACGUACGCACUCGAUUUAGUUUAAGCCCAGAAGGUGCAGCACCAACACCAUGCUGCGUUUGUCAAUUUUUUGCAUGCUACUAGCACUCGUCGCCGCUCAAAAUGGGUACGACUAUAAUAAGCCCAGCAGACCAUUUGGGUCAGGAACAUCCAGUCGACCCGGGACUUCACCAGGCUCCGGAGGGACAACCAUUCGCCCACAAAGCGACGACUACAACGGUGGGGGCUCUACUACAGGAUACUCAACAGGAUCGCAAAACUACCCCGGAUCUGGUAGCCAAAGACCAGGUUACCCCGGCUCUUCGUACCCAGGACAAGGACCAAGUGGACCAUCUGGAGGCUACCCUGGACAAUCUGACUCGUCAUACCCUCAAGGGUCAAGAGGUCCUUCAGGUUCUGGUUACCCUGGUCCAGGAUCACGAUACCCCGGACAAGGACAGAAUUAUCCUGGCUCGGGAAAUAAUUAUGGGACUACAAGUUUCUCUGACAGUGACACUGGUAGCUACGAAGGUGGGGAUUACUCGGCUAUCCCUGGAGAACCUGAUAUAGAUUACCCCAUAUUAUCUUAUAUCCCCCAAACCUCGUUCAGCUGUAAGGCUCAAUCUUUACCUGGGUACUACGCUGACGUUGAGACUCGUUGCCAAGUUUUUCACGUGUGUUCCAAUAACAUAACGUAUGACUUCCUCUGUCCCAACGGAACCAUAUUCUCUCAAGAAGAUUUCGUUUGCGUUUGGUGGAAUCAGUUCAGCUGUGACGCAGCUCCUGGCUUGUACGAAUUAAAUGCUAAGCUCUAUGAUUACUCCAUUAGAGGUUCUGACUACAAUGACUAUAAUACAGGCUCAUCGUAUCCUGGUGGUAGAGGGCCACAGGGACCUUCAUCUUACCCAGGCUCUGGAACUUCCCGGCCUUCCAGCUACCCUGGUGCAGGACCAUCAACACCAUACCCAGGCAUACAGUCAACGAGUGGAUAUCCAGGACCACAAGGCCCGUUAGGAGGCUAUCCCGGCUCACAGGGACCAUCUGGAGGUUAUCCAGGUUCACAAGGUCCGUCCGGAAGCUAUCCAGGCUCACAGGGUCCGUCAGGAGGAUACCCGGGUUCACAAGGACCUUCCGGUGGUUAUCCAGGUUCGCAGGGCCCAUCAGGUGGCUACCCAGGAUCGCAAGGCCCAUCUGGUAGUUAUCCUGGAUAUCCAGGAUCUGGUCCACAAGGACCUUCUGGUAGUCCAGGAAGCCCUGGGUCUAAUUACCCGAGUUCCAGCACACCUUAUCCAGGAUCAGGUCCAGGUAGCCAAGGCUACCCAUCAGGCAGACCCAGCGGGCCUGGCUUCAACCCCAACGGCAGUAGGGGAAGACCAGCUCAGAAACCUAACAGAGAAUAUCUCCCACCUAGAAAUUAAUAAUGCCAGAUAUUUCACGACUGUAGCGACUAUUUAACGAUAAGUUUGUAAGCAUAUCUGCCUAUUUAGUGCCUCUUCUGAUAAGAGGUAAAAUAUUAGAUCGUAAGGAAAUACCCUGUUUAGGUGCUAUUGCUAUCCUAAAAAUAUGGGGGCCAGUAUUAAGCACAAUUUUGACAAACGAAAGUUGGUGCUGACUUUUUAUGUUAAGUAUUAUAUCAUAGUAAAUCUAUUUAUUAGUUUUAGUUACCAUAGAUGCGUAAAAAAUAUUAUAUUCUAAUGUUUUUACGUCUUUACAUGAUUUGUUGACGUGAUAUAAUGAAAAACGAAAGUUACCAAACUAGUGAAGGCUUUGUUGCAAUUCCUAAAGAGUUCAAAUAAAUUUUAAGCUAAAUCUUUAUAAUACUUAGCUAUCUAUAAAACACAAUUUGUAAAUACACGUAACAAUUAUUGUAUAAUCAAAUAAAUAAUUAACUCCGCAUGAA